AUCACGUUGUCGAUAUUUUGUGGGAUAGGCGAGGAAUUGUCUAAAUAUAACGGCGUUGCUGCUUGCUAAUGUGUGUAUUAGGCUUUGCUUGAGUUAUCCGUACGUCCCAUGCUCCUGGUGGUGUCGUGUUCGGUUCGGUUGACAUGACUAUGGAAGAUCCGUUCUACGUGGUCAAAGAUGAGGUGUUCAAGGCACUAAACAAGACACGAGGCCUGUACCUGCGCUGGCAGGAGAUCUCCAAGGCCCCCGUGGCCCCCAACAGUCCCGAGGUUGAAUGGACCUCCACGGAGCUGAGGAACGCACUACGCAGCAUCGAGUGGGACUUGGAGGACCUUGAAGAUACAAUUAGUAUCGUCGAAAAGAACUCGUCGAAGUUCAAGAUAGACAAUAAGGAGAUCAGCGACCGGCGGACGUUCAUUGAAGCCACUAAACAGGAGGUGAAGGUAAUGAAAGGCAAGAUGAGCCUGAACAGGAACCGCGACGCGGACGGCACGGCGCGCGAGCCGCUGCUCGGCGAGGAGAGCCCCAUGCACUUUGGCAACACAUGGACCUCCACGCCCAAGUACUCCAAGUACUCGAAGCUGGCCAGCCAGACCGACAGCCCGAACAGAUUCGAUGCAUACGACAACGACAUAAUGUCGAUGCAGGAGAAGAUGCUAGUGAACCAAGACGACCAGCUGCAAGUGAUCAGCAACUCGGUCGGCAGUCUCAAGACCGUGUCCAAGCAGAUCGGCAUAGAACUUGACGAGCAGGCCGGUAUGCUAGACGACCUCAACACAGAGCUGGAAAACGCCGACUCCAAGUUAGACUCCACUAUUAAGAAAGUCGCGAAAGUGCUCCACAUGAAUAAUGAUCGACGUCAAUGGCUGGCAAUCGGCAUACUCCUCGGUCUAUUAGUAAUAAUCCUAAUAUUGUUUGUUAUAAUCUGAGAUCACUGCGACGCGGGUUGCCGUCCAGCACUCUGAGACGCUCUGACUUAGCCAAUUCAUCUUAAAACGCCCCACAGUGAAACGACGCCAUACUUGUGGUUGGACAUGAUAAUUAUAUGUUUUUGAACGAUUACUAUUAUUGUCCUAACAAAAAUCUAUGAAAUUUUGUAAGGAUCUUGAGAAUCUGUUCAGGGCUAUCCGACCCAAAAUUUACUAUUAUUUGUCAACACCAUAAAAAGUUAAUCAUCGCAAAAAAGAGAAUAUUUUCUUGUCUUACCACAAGUAUGCCCACAGCGCGCCCUCUGUACGUAGCAUUUCAUAAAGUAAUCCCACUUCUGAACUCAAUGCUUCUGUUGCAUGUAUCUUGUGAAUACCGUAGGCUGAAAAUGGUUUAGUGGAGAGUAGCGUCAUUGUUGUAUUUAAAUUUACAAUGCACCGUUUAUAUUGAUAGUUAAAGUUUCUAGAAUUUACGAUUUUAUUAAAAAAUAAUUUUAUGUCAAAAAAUGAAAUUAAGUCAAUGAAAAAUCGAUUUUAAAUACUUAAUAUUACCUAAAUAAAAUAAUAAAAAUAAUAGGGUAAACAAUACUAUUAUCGGGACCCUCCAUUGAUUAGUCUAUUCAACCUUAUUUAAAGGUAACAGCUAAUUAUUGGGUAGUUUACCCUAUUUCAUUAUUGAUUUGCACGAACUUGUAACGUGUUAAGCUCAAUUAGCUUUUGGUGCGUUCGAUAAGGGUUUUUGUUAAUUUUAAAUAGGUUACCUAAAACACGAUAGCCAAAGACCAAAUGUUACGUAACCAAAAAACAUUUGGAACUUUAUCAUUAUGAGAUAUGAGCUUCGGCUUUUAAGCCCGAGAUUAACGUUCGGUUGCACCAAACCAUCUGUCACCGUUAAAGCGUUCGCUAAAUUCUAUUGUAUGGGAAGUUUCAUAGAUCUCUGCUGAGUGACGUUAAUCAGUAUGUUAACUGUAGUUGGUGCAACUGGCCCUUAUACUUUAAAUUAAUUAUAUUAGCACUUUAGAGCUACUAACUAACAGCAAAACACCCAUGGUUGCCCUUCCAGUAGCCCCUAAUAGCUCUUUGAACGGAACGCCUAUCGAAUGCGGCGCGCUUCGAGCAACACCGGCUACCGACACGUCGGAAGGGAGGAGCCCAAGCGAUAUCUUACCGUACAAAUCUUUUUGCCAUCUUUUGCGGUGGGAAACGUGCACACAGUCGCACUUCUCACUCACUACAAAAUCCAACUACACUACAUACAAAUACAUAGAAAAUGACACACUACACAGACAAAUCUUGCACACCUCGAUCUGUUUUUGUUUACGGACAAGUCACAAGUGUUACAACACGCACACUAACACAUUUUCUCCGAAGAUUUUAUUGAUUUCUGAGAGAUUGACUGCUCGACUGAUCCGAAAUUUGCACUGGGCGAGCAAAAUCGAUAAAUUCAACAAUUGCUUGAGACUAAAACAAUAAUUUGGUGUUUAAAUGUAAUUAAAUCCACCAUCUUUUUGUAAAUUUUAUGUCCCCGACCUCUUUUUACAACAAAAAAAAAUGGUUGUCUGUAAAGUCGGUUUACGCACGAAAAUUUUGCGUGAUAAGGUCAUAAGAAAACAUUGAUGAUAAGGGCGUAACGUUACCAUAGAGAUCUGUCCACAACGUGACACUUUUUCGUGCAUGCUACCGGUGUUAAUUGAUUUAUAAGACGUUAUCACGUCAAAACUGAGCAAUUACUGUUUUUUUUCUGCUGCAGUGUUAUCUCGCGCGACUGGAAUCGGUCUAGUUUAAAAUUCCUAGCGCAACUAUUAUUACCCGCGCUAGAUCAGUUGUUCUUGUACCUCGGCAGAGGGGAAAUAGUGCGUAUCCCGCCUCCCUUCCUAUCCGUGUUGCUCGAAGCGGCGCGUCAUCGUAAAGCACAAAGGUUCCGCGCGUGUCAGCUCCAAAGAGUAUAGUAAAUAUAUAGAAAUAAGCUCACGUGUUUGGCUUGCGGUGUCUAUCGUUUUCAUUUGUUUGCUGUGUACUAUUAAAACUACAGUUCCACGUAUGAACGGUGACGGAGUCUUGUAAAUUUAUGUAUAAACGUAAAUCAGUAAUAGUAUUUUUGUAACAUUUCCUAAUAUUAUGACCUAUAUAGUUAUAGUUAACGCACAUGUAUUAAAUGCGUUCUAAAUAUCACUAACAUUCUGUGAGUUAUAUAGCUGUCAAAUAGAGUGUACUAAAAAGAUGACUUGGAUAGAUCUCUUAUGAGAACAUAGGUACACAUGAACAAUGUGUUAGUACCAUAUCGCUAUAACUUAUUGAGCGAAAUCUAAGGUCUCUUAUACAAUAAGAUAAAGUGAAAAGGUACUGAAACGAAAA